GGUUAAAAUUACGUAUCAAAUAUAUCAAAACUUAUAAGUAUAAUUUCCAAUAAGAGCGGUCCAUUUGUCCAUGUGUCUGUAUCUGUCUCAACGUAUAUCUUUUAAAGCUGCUCAUCUUUGUUUAUAACAACAGAACUUGGAUAUAUAUGAUGUAUCAAGUUUUUGAUUACAUGGAAAGACACCCACCACGGAUGGUCAACUUAUUGUUGAAGGCAUACUUAUUGCUUGCCUUGGUGCCACAUAUUUGCAUUAGUCAAGCCAAUUCAGCUCAUCUAGACAAAUAUGUUUCAAGAGAAAUUUCAAACAAUGAGAAACCAGGUUUUAUAAGCAUUGAUUGUGGAAUCAAAAUCGGUUACUUACAUGAGGAAACUGGAAUUUGGUAUGACUCGGACAAAGGAUUUGUGGAUACAGGAGAGAAUCAUGAGACUUCAUCCAGUUUGAACUUAAAUUAUCCCUCCUUUGGUAAACCGUUAAUGACAUUGAGAUGUUUUCCAGAAGGAGAUAGAAACUGCUACACCUUGAAACCAAAACAAGGAAAAAAUAAAAAUUAUCUACUUAGGGCUUUCUUUUCAUAUGGAAACUAUGAUGGCAACAAUCAAACACAAUCUUUUGAUUUGUAUCUUGGACUAGAUCUUUGGAGACCAAUCAAUAUAUCUCCUUUGGAUCCUUACAAAUAUACAGAGAUUAUUCACACCCCUUCAACCGACACUAUACAAGUGUGCCUUAUAAAGACUGGUCCAACAAUACCUUGCAUUGCUUCAUUGGAGUUGAGACUUUUGAAUAAUUCCACUUAUCAGACUCAUCAGAUAACCUCCACGGAUGUUCCACGACCGCGGUUGAAACUUCAGGCUAGGCCUGACGUUGGCUCCUUAUCCUGUUUAAAAUUAAUGACCACUAGGUACGGAGAUGAUGUCUAUGACAGGAUAUGGUACUGCGAUCCAGACUUGUUGCACCCAUAUAACGAUUGGUAUCCGUUGAAUUUAGAUGAAUCCAUAAAUAUGGAAUUGGAAACCAAUAAUAAUGCUUAUAAAUUACCAGAUGAAGUGUUGAGGAGUGCAGUCCAACCAGGAAAUGUGUCACACACUUUGGGAUUUACCUAUGCAGAUUUGGGUCCACGGUCUCCACUCAUAGACCGUAAUUCUGAGUAUUAUGUCUACUUUCACUUUACUGAAAUUGUGAAACUUUCUGAUGGGAAAAAAAGAAAAAUCAAUAUCACCCUAAACUCCCAAUCUGUGCUCUCUGAGCCUUUAGUUCUUGAUUACUUGAAGCCUAUAACACUCAACUUCAAAACUAAAGGUGAUGUUUGGUUUAACAUUAGUGCAACCUCCGAUUCGGAUGCUCCUCCUAUACUCAAUGCCUUUGAGAUACAUAAGCUCAUAACACCGGUUGUUUCACCAACAGACGAUCGAGAUGUUGGUACAAUAAUGGAUAUAAAAAGCUCCUACCAGAUCAAUAAAUUGAGUUGGCAAGGAGACCCUUGUCUUCCUAAGAUAUUUACAUGGGAAGGUCUUGUUUGCAAAGGUGACACCAUUCCAAGGAUCACAUCUUUGAACCUGAGCUCAAGCAAACUAGCUGGGGAGAUAAAUAUUUCAUUUUCAUAUCUUACAGAACUGGAAUCUCUGGAUUUGUCUCACAACGAGUUGGAAGGACAUUUGCCAGAAUUUCUAGCACAUCUGCCAAAGUUAAAAGUUCUCAAUCUAACGGGAAACAGGCUUUCUGGUCCAAUUCCUAAGGAUCUCAAGCGAAUGGCACAUACAACUUUGCAAUUGAGUGUGGAUGACAAUCCCGAUCUUUGUAUAAAGGGCUCAUGCAAAAAUAAGAACAUUGUUGUACCAAUUAUUGGAUCACUUUCAGGAUUAGUUGUAAUCCUCUUGAUCUCUCUUGCAUUUUGGAGAUUCAGAAGACAAAAAGUUGGACAUUCUAACUCCAAGAAGAGAGGUUCACUGGAAUCCACACAUGAAGCAUUCAGUUACACUGAAAUUCUCAAUAUCACUAAUAACUUCAAAACUACUAUUGGAGAAGGAGGAUUUGGAAAAGUUUACCUUGGAAUUUUACAAAACAAAACUCAAGUUGCUGUUAAGAUGCUUUCACCAUCCUCAAUGCAAGGUUAUAAAGAAUUUCAAUCAGAGGCGCAACUUCUAGCAAUUGUUCAUCAUCGAAAUUUGGUCUCACUCAUUGGGUAUUGUGAUGAAGGGGAAAUCAAAGCAUUGAUUUAUGAAUAUAUGGCAAAUGGAAAUCUCCAACAGCAUUUAUUUGUGGAAAACUCAAAUAUCUUAAACUGGAACGAGAGACUUAACAUUGCAGUUGAUGCAGCACAAGGAUUGGAUUAUAUGCAUAAUGGAUGUAAACCACCUAUUUUACAUAGAGAUUUGAAACCAUCCAACAUAUUACUAGAUGAUAACAUGCAUGCCAAGAUAUCUGAUUUUGGUCUAAGCAGAGCUUUUGGUAACGAUGUUGAUUCUCAUAUAUCCACUGGCCCUGCCGGUACACUUGGUUACGCUGAUCCUGAAUAUCAGAGAACAGGAAACACAAAUAAGAAAAAUGAUAUCUACAGCUUUGGGAUAAUUCUAUUUGAGUUGAUCACUGGCCAAAAAGCACUAACAAAAGCAUCUGGUGAAAACCUUCACAUACUUGAAUGGGUUAUUCCCAUAGUUGAAGGGGGAGAUAUUCAAAAUGUUGUUGAUUCGAGGUUGCAGGGUGAAUUUAGCAUCAAUUCAGCUUGGAAAGUUGUAGAGAUUGCCAUGUCAUGCACAUCACCAGAUGUAGUUGAAAGACCAGACAUGAGCGAAAUAUUGGUAGAGCUAAAGGAAUGUCUAUCUUUAGACAUGGUUCAGAGAAACUGUGGAGGCACAAGAGCUAUGGAUGAAUUGGUUUCUGUAGCUACUAUAUCAGAAAGCACUAUUUCAGCUAGAUAACUACCAUUUAUGAUCAUAUUUUUGUCCUAUAUAUAUUCACUAUCAUUAAAUGUCCUAAAACAUUA